UCACGUUUGCAAGUGUUCCCAGUUUAUUUGCCGGGACACAGUGCCGUUAAUAUUUUUAGAGUGAACCUGCUUCUUGAUAGUAUAAAACGUAUGAUUGUGCAAGAACAGUAGGAAUUGAAGAAUAGUGUAGAGAUCGAACAUCGCACGUGAUAGGUAAAAUCAAAGUUCCGAUAAGCAGAGGUUAAGAGUGUAAAUAGAAGUGGUGAACCACGAGUGAGACAGUAGAAAGCGUGAAAGUGUUUUUUUUUUCUAUUUCCGAAUUUGAUUUUCUUUUGUGGUGUGAGGAAAGUAAUUUGAAAAAGCUGUGCUGUUUGUAUAUAUUUGCUCUCGAUAUUGCAAAGUGUUCAGUGCAAGAUUAAGAGAAAAAGGUGUUACAAUAAUGUAACGGGCAUUUGUACGCGCUCUCGUGCAGAUGUAGGACCACAGUACCGUCUCAAGGCAAGAUACCAACAGUGGACUUUUCUUCGACGACCAGCUAUGUUAACGGUGGAAUUCCACUCGAGAGGAAUCUGAAGGCGGGGACUCUGACGUCACUCCGCUCAUGAUAAUGAGCGUGUAUGUGGCACGGGCAGUGUGUGCUCGCGCGCACAAAUAUGUGCCUGCCGACUGGUCGGUGAUAGAGAGUUUUGGAUGGAUUUAGAGCGCAGUGAAAUAUGCCAAGGAGACGGAAUGGGGAGAUACCGCUUCCGGAAGGGUGGGACGUCGCACAAGACUUUGAUGGAAAAGUGUAUUUCAUCGAUCACAACACAAGAAAAACAACGUGGAUCGAUCCUAGAGACAGAUAUACAAAACCUCAAACAUUUGCAGACUGUAUCGGAAACGAGCUUCCACUUGGGUGGGAGGAAGCUUACGAUAAGCAUGUGGGUGCAUACUACAUUAAUCAUGUCAAUCAGACGACACAACUCGAAGAUCCAAGGCAAGAGUGGCGUGCCAUUCAGGAGGCCAUGCUUAGAGAAUAUCUUCAGACCGCACAGGACGUACUCGAGGCGAAGAAGGAAAUCUACGAUGUAAAGCAACAGAGGCUAUGUCUGGCCCAGGAUGAGUACAAUCACCUCAACAACGCUCUAACAACGCUCGGUGCAUCUCGCACAAGUUUGUGCUCUAGUUCAAGUUCAUUGAGCACCAAGUAUGAUCCGGAUCUCUUGAAGUCUGAUGUUGCACUUGCGAGGAGUCGAGUUUCCCGGUUGAAACGAGAGCUCGAACAGAUCCGAGCUGAAAUGAACUGUACGCAGCGAGGAGUGGAUACUCUUGCAAGCGUGGAGCAGAAAUUAAGCGGGCACCAUGGUGGUUGCUACAACAUCACGGAGGCUCAGGCGAUCAUGACGGAGCUUCGGAACAUUCAAAAGUCUCUGAGUUCCGGGGAGAAGGAGAAGGCAGAGCUGAUGCAGUCUUUGGCUCAAUUGAAAGACGAAUUGACGAGACUGCAGCUCUGCGAGGGCAGCCCCGAGGCGAGUACGCUAAGUUUACCGCAGGAGAAACUAAGCACGGCUUCGCAGACUGACCUGUCCGGCGAAUUGGUCCCGAUCGGCACACGUCUGGCCGAGAUGGCACGCAUGAGGUUGCAAUACGACGAGGCGAGGAAGAGGAUACAGCACAUUCAACAACAACUGGCCGAUCUCGAGGAAAAAGUAACGCCGGGUCAGACAGAGAGCGACAAAGACAAGUUGCUGCUCUUCCAAGAGAAGGAACAACUCCUGAGGGAGUUGAGGAGCAUCACGCCGCGUACUAGAACGCAGCAAGACAUGAAGAAAAUCCAAAGCGAGAUCAGACGUCUCGAGCAGGACCUGAACAACGCGCUCGAGUUGUCCAACAAAACGAUCACCGAUCGCGUACGUCUACACGAGGAGAAACAGCUGUUGCUGCAACAGCUCAGAGACGCUCUACGCUCUAUGGCGAUGCUCGAAGGGCAAUUGAAGACACUGAGCGCGAGUACGUUGUCGGUGAGCAGCAGUUCGAGCCUCGGUAGUCUCAGCACGACCAGCAGUAAAGGUUCCCUCAGCUCUGGACUCAGUUUCACCGAUAUCUACGGCGGUCCUCAAUGUCUCGGACCUGUCAGCUCGCAACAAGAACGACCGGUUGAUAUGGUCGACCUGCACAGACGCGUGGAGAGACUGCUUCGUGGCUCGGAGCAGAACAAUCUCGUCAGCACACCCUCGCCGGGAAGGUCGCAGCCGAGUUUGUCGCCGAGAUCGAGCCUGUCCAGCGUCAGUCCGCCGGUUUCACCGUUGUACGAGAACGCUCCUAUGGGCCCUCCGCCGGCGUACGAGCACGUAGAGAUGCAGAGGCGGCAGCAUCAGAGACCUGCAACCUCGUCGAACGCUCAUCUGGACGGGAAUCAGUUGGAGGAUCGAUUGGCCGAGCUUAGAUUUACUCAGCAGCAGACGUCGUUGCACGAACAGUUGUGUACAGGUUCUCAGGAUCGUAUCAAGCUGGUUGGCGGUCCGCAUCCGCCUGUAGAGUUGCAGUCUGGAAAUAUGUCCCAAGGAAGCGGUCUCGGUAGGCCUGUAUGCGUGAUACCUCAUCAAGUGCCUUCGCAGGAACCUCCGCCUCUCUCGCCUAUCAGCGAAACACCUCCUCCUACUGGAAUUCGUUCGAGAGCGAGUAGUUCCGGUACCAAUACCAGGUCCGUUUCAGCUGCCGUUUCCGACGAAAGUGUCGCGGGUGAUUCAGGAGUGUUCGAGGCGUCUAAUAGAAGAAAGCUUCCCGGAGCGAUCAGUGAUGUAGAUUCGCUGGCUCUUAGGGAGAUGAGUUUGGAGACGGCGCAGGUGCAAAUUAAGCUUAGAUAUUCUGUAAGUGACGGUUUACUUCACGUUGGAAUUGAACGUGCGAGGAAUUUGGCUGCCCUUUUUAUUCCUAACAACGCGCAAGUGUAUAUAAAGGCAGCAUUGCUUCCAAUGCAGCCGCCAGUUAAUCACAUGUGUUGUACGAAACCUGUUGCGGAUCUGCGCAAACCAACCUUCGGCGAAACAUUCCCGAUCGCAGUACCACUCAACAAACUGUACACAAAGACACUGCAAGUUAACGUUUGGUGCACAGGCAGCGAGUCUGAGGAGUGCUUGGGGUCCGCCCAAGUGUCCCUUGCAGACUUUAGUCCAGAAUCGCCAAGCGUGAAAUGGUACAACAUACUCUCCUUUCGCUUCAUGCAACCAUCCGAUAACCCGAGCACCAGUACCAGUAACAAUAACAGUAUAUCCACCAGCUUAGCAAGACAGGCGAAACACGACAAACAAGAAUCGGAUAUAUCGGUGUAUCGCGGUGGACAAAAUACCAAGGAGGAAAGCAGUGACGAGAGCACGAUUAUCAGCUCUCAGACGUCCACCUUGACGAGAAAUCAAGGAUGUGACGAGCUACAAACGGCCAUCUCGUUGAGGUUGGAGGAGCUUGCCAAUUGCUUGGGUAGUCCAGAAGAAGAAGAUGAAAAUGGUGGCAGUGAAAGCGGAAGUGAGGACAGCGAUGAAGAAGGAAUUAUUGUUGAGUUUAUGAUGGAUGACAAUGUUCUGGAGGAUGUGCUGGAGCACGAGGAAGACGAAGAAUUAAACGAGGAAGCAAGGCAAACUCAGGACAAGGAGACCAACACGGAAUGCGUGUUCAUACCGGAACAAGGCAAACAAAGGAAGCUUUCAGCUGCCGGUGUUGUUUCUAACGUCAUGCACGACGAUAAAAAUUCCAUCGUGAUUAAGAGGAGUCAAACGUUUUCACCUAGUGCUGCAGUCAGUAAAAAUCACUAUAUUUGUCGGCUGAAUCGCAGUGAUAGUGAUAGCAGUAUGCCACUUUAUCGCAGAGGUGGGCCUUUCCAACGAAAUUCCGUGGAAAGACGGUCUCUUCGAUGGCGCAGACCCUUAUCUGCUUUAAGCUGUAAAACCGUUUCGAAAAAGUCUACGAAUUUGCCACCUACCGCUAGAACGUCGUUAGAUCUUGAAUUGGAUCUUCAAGCGCAACACGCUAAAUUGAACAAUCUUCAAGACGAGCUGAGCAGGUUGCGUGAAUUAAAGCAAAGGUUAGAGCAAGCGCGGGAAAAGGGGGACACCGAUUUUGCAACGUGGUUGCUGGAAGAUCAUAAGUUUCAAAAUCUCAUGGCACAAGCCGAGAGUGGAAAGAAUGGUAAGAGUGCCGAGGAUAAGAGAGUAGAGAAGAUGCUGAAGAAAACCUCGAAGGAGAUUUACAAGCUGAGGAAAACGAAAGCUGGCAAGGGGAAACCUGAUAUUAUUUCGUUCAAAGAAAAGAUGGCUUUCUUCACGCGCGUUAAUCUUAAUGUUCCUGUACUUCCACCUGAUGAUUCAUUGUGCGAGAAUACAUCAUCGGUAUCUCCAUUACCCAUUCAACACAAGAGGCACGCUUCGGAACCAGUUACCACUGAAUUCAGGGUUACUAAGCUCGGUGUUCAAGGUGUUUCGAAUUCGGCUGUACGGUCAAAUAGUGUUCCUAGCGGGAAUGCAUCCGUGGUAAGAACUGACGCAACCAAUAACACGAUUAUGGUCACGAAUGUGGCCGAGGACGUUCCGGCGAACAGUACAAAUAAUAAAUCGGUGAACACGAAAGGUCGACCUUUAGAGGCGAACGCUUAUCAAGAAAAUGGUCAAGGCGAGAGUCUCAAGUCACCGGAAGAAAAUGACGGUGAAGAGCCAAGGAGAUACGAGUACGUUGUCGAUAGAGUUCUCGGUGUUGAGGUGUAA